AUGCGCGGAGGCAGAGGUGGAAGAAAUAGCACCGGGGGGAAGGGACCCAGAAGGAGUAGUGGACCUGCCGGUGCGGUGUCAAGUGAGCAGCAGAAGAAGCGCAGAUACAAGCCAGGCACUCUAGCUCUAAAGGAGAUUCGCCGGUAUCAGAAGUCAACGGAUCUGCUGGUCGCGAAGCUGCCUUUUUCACGUCUGGUCCGCGAAGUUUGUCUUAAUGUUGCGCCUCCUGGAUCUGAGGUUACAAGAUGGCAGUCACAAGCCAUACAAGCACUGCAGGAAGCGGCCGAAGCGUUCCUGGUACAUCUCUUCGAGGACUCGAAUCUGUGCGCGAUCCAUGCGAAGCGCGUCACCAUCAUGCAGAAGGAUAUACAACUGGCGCGGCGAAUCCGUGGAGCAUGGGGAGGUCUUGGUUGA